UCCGCAUGGCACUCAGGCUAAAGAGUAAUUAGCGAUAAUUCAACAAACAGUCUCUCAAUUUCUGAAAAAGAAAAGAAGUGAGGGAAUGCCCAUUGAAAAACAUAAUGCUUGGUUUGCAGAAAACAGCUUGCUGCAUAUUCUAGGUGUUUCAUGAACAAUAAUUUCCUCAGAAAACAAGAUUCUCAUCUAGUGGUUCUUGAGGUCGAAAGGGGACUCCAGCUUUUCUAGGUACCUCUGCUUCUAGAGCCUGCUACAGGACUUCUAGGUGCAGGGCUCUACCCCUCCCCCCUCCCCUCCCCUCCCCUCGUUGUUUGUUUACGUCUGCCGGCGGCGGGAAAGCCAAACCUAACCAAAACUUUGGCCGUCAGUGAUGGAACCUCUUAAUCCAAAUAUGAAGCGGAUUAAGAAAGCACCACAGAAGUGCCCAAAUCCUCUAUUUGAAGAAUGGCUGGAGCAGUGGCGUCUUGAGGCAGUUGAAAAAGGAUCAGACAUGCAGUACUGCUUUGGAAAGGCCGUGAAAUCUCUACGAAAAUAUCCGCUCCUCUUGAGAAGUGGAAGAGACUGUAUGAUAUUGGAAUGUUUUGGGAACCGUUUAUGCCAACUGUUGGACCGAAAGCUUGCUGACUACCGUAAAACACACCCUGAAAUUGAUGAUAUUCCUCCUGAUGAAAAUACGCCGGCCCAGGUAGCCGCUCCACCACCUGCUAAAAAGAGGAAAACACCCAAAAAGAAGAAUGUUGCUACCAAUGCAAAGGAUCAUCAUGAAGAAGAAGAUGGAGAACCAUUAGAAAAAAUUCCACGCCGCAAUGGCGGAAGAAAAUAUGUACCAGCUUGGCGUUCUGGGCCUUAUGCAAUACUUAUAACAUUACUAACGCAAGAGAACAGCCCCAACUACCCAGGUUUUAUGUUAAAAUCUGAACUUCAAGAUGCAGCUCAGCCCCUAUGUGACAAGUCAUUCACGCGACCUGACCCAGGUUCUCAAUAUACUGCAUGGUCCUCAAUGUCUACUUUAGUGAAGAAGGGCCUUGUUAACCGAUGCAGUUGCCCUGCAAAGUUCUCUCUCACUGAUGAAGGACGAGAUAUGGCAAGACUGCUGAAAGAGAAAGGUGAGGAAGAUGCAGACACAUUCUCACCCUCAACAGAAGAGCCCUCAAGUGCCAACACUGAAUGUAACAAAGUAGGAAACAGCAAGGCCAAAGUCAAACCUAGCACUGCCAAGACUACAACUACUGCUAGUGACUGGCAAGAGUCUGCGUCAUCAAGCAAGACAUUACCUGCAGCACAGGGAGUCUCCAAACAAAGAAACAAAAACUUGCCAUCUCCACUAAAGAAUUUUGGACUUCAAGAACCAACAAGCAGCAAUGCCUCUGAUGCAUCAGUUGUGCUGGAAAGUGGAAGUUUUGAUGUGAUUCUCCUAGUGGAUACAUGUGAAACUGGAGGUGCAACAAAGAAGAACCACAACCAAACAGUGUCAGAACUUAGUAAAAUGAAUGUACCUUUUGAAGUUAGGAAGUUAGAACUUGGUGAUUUUCUUUGGAUUGCAAGAAGUAAGACUUCCAAAGAAGAUGAGUUAGUAUUGCCUUAUAUUGUUGAACGCAAACGAAUGGAUGACCUGGGGGGUAGUAUCAAAGAUGGUCGUUUUAAAGAGCAAAAGUUCCGUUUGAAGCAGAGUGGUAUUCAAAACCUAAUUUACUUAGUGGAAAGCCAUGGGUCUGAUCAGCAUGUUGGUUUACCUUUGAGCACAGUGCAACAAGCAGCUGUUAACACCCAGGUGGUUGAUGGAUUCAUUGUUAAACACACAAUUGAUCAUCUACACUCCAUGGCGUACUUGGCUUCACUUACACGUAUUUUAGGACGAACAUUUUUGAAUAAAACACUUUUGGGAUGUCCUAAGAAGGAUUUGGCUAAUUUUACAAUGUCAGAUGAUUUCAUAACUCUAAUAAAAUUUCAGGAGUUUAAACAUAGUUCAAAGAAAACCAAGAAUUUCACAGUCAAGGAGAUGUUAAUCCGCCACCUAGUCCAAUUGAAACAUCUGUCUGUCGAAAAGGCAAUUGCAAUCGUCGGACGAUACCCUACCCCACAAGCCUUAAUUCAAGCAAGCAAAUUUGGUGGACAUGAUGCGAUGUUUGCAGAUAUUCCUUGUCUUGGUACUGCAACAUGUAGAAAUGUAGGCCCUGCUACCAGUAAAGCUGUUCAUUAUAUGUACACUACUGAAAGAUUGCAUUAGGUUUGCUUCCUGGGAUAUUUGUGCCAUACUUCUUUUUUUUUUCUUUCCUUUAUUUUAACUUUUUUUUAAAAUUCUUGGGGAGAAAUGUUGCCUUAAAGACAUUCUACAUACUCCCUGAUAUUGUUUUAAUUAUGCAUGCAGCUGUUCUGAGAUUAAAAGGAAAAACAGUACUGUUUGACACUUGUUUAUUACAAUAAAUUGUUACUUUACAUA